UCGAACACAUCAACUCUCCGCUGUUAGGCCAGCUGGUCCAUCCCUAUCACACACGUAGUGGCUAAAAGUUGGCCAAAAAAUCAGAUGAACGGCGAAUAGUGUGUUAAAUCAAUAAAAAACGAAUAACCAGCUGAUUGUGUGGCUGAUUGUGGUGCUGUGCGUGUGUGACAGCGGUGAUAGCGACAGUGAAUUCCCUAAUACAGGAACCUUCGAAGUGGGCCGACCACCGCCGACCGCCGCAAUCAUGGACAGCAGGGUGGAGAACGCCGUGUACGAUGACAUGAACCUUUACAUCACUCCGGAGAGCUUCAUCAUCGAACCGAAUGGCGGAGCAGAGGUGUUGGUAGUCGGGCGCCACGACAAAGUCACCAGGGUUCAGCCAGCAAGCGGAGGUCACUUGGCCAACCUUCGGCCCACCAGGAGGAUUUGUGGGGUACUGGGCACCAUUCACCUUCUGAACUGCAACUACCUUCUGGUGGCCACUCACCGUCUCUUCGUGGGCGUGCUCAAUGGCGCCGUCGUGUGGAGAUUAGCUGGCUAUGACAUCAUACCCUACAUUCCCAAUGCCUUCCAGCGCAAGGAAAACGAAACGUACUUGCGAAUGCUACGCCAGACACUGGACUCCAAGUUCUUUUACUUCUCCUACCGGUACGACCUCACCAAUUCGCUCCAGCGGCAGCGCCAAGUGGCCCAAUCGCGGCCAGAAGUGUCCGGAUUGCUCCAGAGCGCUGAGCAGCGAUUCGUUUGGAAUGGCUAUGUGCUGCGGCAGUUCAACUGCGAUAAGAUGGAGAAGUUCCAGCUGCCACUCGUUCUGGGCUUCGUGUCCAUCAACCAGGUGGAGAUUAACGGGCAGACAUUCUUCUGGAGCAUCAUCACCAGGCGCUCCGUGCAGCGGGCGGGCACACGACUCUUCUGCCGAGGCAGCGACGAGCAGGGCCAUGUUGCGAACUUCGUGGAGACCGAGCAAAUAGUGGAGUUUAACGGGCAGCUGACGGGAUUCGUGCAGACACGAGGCAGCAUGCCCUUCCAUUGGCACCAGCUGCCCAAUUUGCGGUACAAGCCGCGACCCGUUCUGGUGCCGGGCAAGGAUCAUCUGGCCGCCUGCACGCUCCACUUUAAGGAACAAAUCAGGCUGUAUGGCAACAAUGUGGCUGUAAAUCUAGUGGAUCACAAAGGCGCCGAGGGUGAGCUGGAGGCGACUUAUGCCCGCCUGGUUCGAGAAAUGGGAAAUUCACAAGUGCGGUACGAGUCUUUUGACUUCCAUAGCGAGUGCCGUAAGAUGCGCUGGGACCGGCUGAACAUACUCAUCGAUCGCCUGGCCCACGAGCAGGAUCAGUUCGGUGUCUAUCAUGUCUUCGACGACGGCAAACUGGUGUCCACGCAGACAGGUGUCUUCCGAACGAAUUGUAUCGACUGUCUGGAUAGGACGAAUGUGGUGCAGAGCAUGUUGGCCCGCAGAUCUCUCACUGCGGUGCUCCAGAAGCUGGGAGUGCUUCAUGUGGGUCAGCGAGUGGAACAUGCUUCCCACAUUUUCGAAAGCAUUUUUAAGGGCGUGUGGGCGGACAACGCGGAUCUGGUAUCGCUACAAUAUUCCGGAACGUGUGCGCUCAAGACGGACUUCACCAGGACGGGCAAGAGGACCAAGGCUGGUGCUAUGCAGGACGGCAAGAACUCACUGCUGCGCUACUAUCUGAACAACUUUGCCGAUGGCCAGCGGCAAGACGGCAUCGAUCUUUUCCUUGGCAAAUAUCUGGUCAACGACAGCGAGGGCGUUUUCGUGCCAUCGCCAUUGGACUCGAAGCGUGGUUGGCGGUUCUUCACCUUCCCCUCAGUGCUGCUGAUAGCCGUGGCCAUGUUCAUGAUCUCGAUGACCUAUCCGGCCGAGUUCAACACGGAGAACCUGCUGUUCAUGCUCUUCUGGGGCGCAAUGAUCGCCGUUAGUGCCACGGGAAUCCUGCACUUCGGCGUCGAGUUUGUGCAGUGGCCGCGGCUUAUUCUGCCCAUCUGUUUUCGAGACCAAGGGCAUUAGUGUCGUCUAGCAGAGUCACUGGGAACUACCUCUGCCGCUAAAUUGUCCCAUUGCUCCAAGAAAGAACAUUUUGUAAACCAAUUCCUGUAAUCGAUUCGAAUUCCUCUCAAUUUUUGUUUUGUUUUAUUCUGUUUUUGUUUAGUUGUAAAGCCCUCAAGUCCAUUCCUUUCUGCAACUUGUUAGUUAUCAUACAAAACACAGAACACUUAGGCGAGCUUCAGGCGGCUGGGAAAGAGAAUGAAUUGGUUUUCGAUCGGGCGAAUUGUAGUGGUAAAGGUGCCGCUUAUUAACUGCGAUUAAAUGCAAUGUAGAUCAAUCACUUUUGUAGAACCAUUUUAUGACAUUAAAUAAAGUAUUUUACGCAUUGCUAGAAAACCUCA